GCGAUCCAGGAGGUGAAGCCGAUCAUCAUGGAGGUGAUUGCCGAUCACGAGGCGUCGGGCGAGGACGGCGCGAAUCAGAUCAUGGUGAAAGCAGAGCACAUCAUCAAGCUGCUGGUCGGCAGGAAGCUCGCCAACGCAGGAGUGUGGCUGAAGUGCACGCAGGUCGGAACUCACCCUGCCAACCGAUUCGGAGCAGGGUUAGAGAUCGUGGACGUCCACGACUUGAUGAAGGUGAUCGUCGAAGGCGGCUUCAGGUACGACAAGUGUCAGGGAGCCGUCUGCUUCGAGAUAGCGCCAGGCGGGGUGAGGUCAGAACAGCACUGGAAGUUCAACGACGACCUUGCGACUUCCAGCGGGGGCUUCUUGCCUCAGUUCAAUCCUUCGGACCUGAAGUACUUGAGCGUGGCAUGCUCACACACCGUGGCGGGCGCCAGGUGCGUCGAGCUCGGCGCGUUCGGUAUGGACGAGAAGUUCAACGACGAUUCUGGACGCAUUUCUCGCGCAAAGGUGCUGGCCAAGUGCUCUUCCUACGAGCAGGUAAUUACGCAAGGAAUGCCAUGGACGGUGAUUCGCCAUGAGGUGGACGCGGAGAUGCCCGAGCUGGCGUGGUUCCUGCAAGAGGCCGACAACGCCAACAGUGGCGCGAGCCGCCAGCAGACGAAGAUGCAGACCCUUCUGCAAAUACAUAAGGUCGCGAAGCAGAACAUCAAGACCUUCGGAGAUGCCAAGUGGGAGUCCAUCCAACUUCAGAUCGAGAGGACGCGGCCCCACCUCAGCGGACAGGUAGCGGAUAUGAGCAAGUACGUGGAGCUGUACUCUGGAGGCGACAGUGGGUCGCUCUUGGACGAGCUUCGGGACUACGGCAAGACCGUGGGCGACCGCAGGAGGGACGUGCACGGCUCCUUCUUCGGCAUGCUCGCGAGGGUCGGCUUCUUGCAGGGCCCCGAGUACAUCACCGCAUGCGUCAAAGCAUGCCUCGUCGCCCCCGACCAGCACUGCCGUGAUGGAGUGGCCAAGUUGCUCAACAGCACGGACAUGUCGGCCAUCAAGGGCUCCAAGAAGUCAGAAGUCUCAGCGUUUCUGGCCACGACGGCAACGAUCAAGACAUUCUUCGCAUCCACUCCAACGCUGAGCAGCGCGCAGAAGGCCAAACUACUUGGAGACAUGCAGGUGCGCUGGGUGUUGUUGAUCCACAGCAAGCAAGUGAAAGGCCGCAAAAAGUAUUCGAGCAGCAACGCUAUCAAGGACCAGUUCGUCGGCGAGCUGCUGACGAUUGCCCCUGAUGUAACGCCACCGUGGGCUCGGUCUGAGCAAUUGCGUGCUGCUCCGACGGAGCCUGGAGGAAACUUUGUCGAGUUCACAGCGACGUCUUCAGGCAUGGUGGUCAGCGACGGCGCGCUCAAGACCAACGGCUUCGUCGUCGGUGCGGUGGUGGCCCUCAAAACUGACAAGAACCAGAAGCGCGCCAUCAUGGAGAUCAGCUCUGGCAAAGUUUCCUUGGGGAUGUUGAGCUCCAUGGAGACAUCCAAGAAGCGGAAGGCCGAUGAGGACGAGAACGACGAGAACAACGGCAGCAUCGUCGAGAUCAGCAGUAGCGAGCUGAUCGACGAGUACGAGGUGGUCCCCGUCAACUCGAUCCUGCGGAUUCCCGUGGGCUCGGUGGUCAGGGCAGACAAGCACAAGGACACCGUGCUUGAGAAGAUCAGAGCCCAGGUUCGGCUUGCGCUCACCGACGCCUAUGCGCACCGCAGUGAGGGCCUCGAGCUCACCGUCACGCUGGAUAAGAAGGCCCGCGGCGUUGUGGCAGAUGCUUCCUUUGCGAAGGGUGAGCUGACGCUUGUCCCUCUGAGCUCGAGCGUGAACGUGGCCCCGAAGAUGUCGAACGGUUCAGUUGAGAUUGUGUGUUCCCCGCCCAUGAAAGACCUCAAAGUGUUUGUAACGCCGAGGUGUGAGUUGCACGUGCCCAAGCCAGGUUGCCCUCAAUUCGUUGUCCCGUUUUUUUGUGUUCCGUCCUCGGACACCGCUGCGAACAUGAUUCGGUCUUCUGUCACUGUUGUAGUUGGCUCCCGCAUCGACGGGAACACGGUUGAGACUAAGCUGUCCAUUCCAGUUCUCGUGAAUUCGAAGGCCGUCAAGGUUGGAGAGUCCCUUGUGUGCAAGCUCGACCCAGCCCCGAAGGCCGUUGUCACGAAUCCCCCGCCAAAGGCGCGCAAGUCAGCUUAG